CGGCUCGAAUGGUGAGAGUGGGAUGAUGCAGGCUCAUGUCGGGACCGAUCACUCCCUCCUCGUCAGGCUUUGUAUCUGAGAUACACACCGGCUCUGCGGCGGAGGUCGGGUCGUUCGAGCGACCACAGAACCAUGGAACGGAAUCCUCUUGUCCAGGGCGGAUUGUCGGUCAGGCUUUCACAUGUCAUCCGAUUGUCUGGUUCGAAUAGACACACAAAAUGGGCUACAGCGCUGUAUAUCUACUGCACAGCAGUCGGGUGUGGGCUGCGCACGAAGAAGAGGACCUUGCUAAUUGUAUUGGACUGUAUUGGACUGUACUGUGUUGUGAAAUGAUCGUAUACGUGCACACACGGGCGGCGGUCUAUCGAUUGGAAGUGCAUCACCUGCGCAAGAUUGGAAAUGUGUAUACGAGGAUAAUUCAAGAAGGGCACGUGACUUUGUCACUUCACCUCCCGUGGGUCAAGUCGUCGAUGAGAGCUCAGGAUUAUUACUUUUUCCCAAGGUCAUGUCUCUUUUUCCCUCAUAAAGUCGUCGGCCACCGAUGUAAUUAUGAGGACGCCUUAGAUCGUAGUCGUUUCCGAUAAAAGCUCUUUCGGCUCGUACGUACUUUGUGCUUUGUCCGGGUGACAUACAUCUCACGAAAAUCCCCGAGGUUCGACCGUUCACUGUGAAGCUGUAUCGACGAGCUACGAGUCAUGCAGCUCGAUACACAGCGGCAUCAAUCACA